AUGUUUAAAAGGUCGAGUGGAUUGAAAGCCAUUUUAAAGCAAAUGACGCAAACGACACACACGAAGCACAUAAGGCUUUCGAGCAACUUCAACAAAGCCAGUCCACCACUAUUGCCACCUGAAGAACAACGUGAAUUUGAAAGGCUACGAAAGGAUGCAGAGACUUCAAGUCUAUCUGGAAAUGAUAAUGAUUUACAUAAAGAUGCCGUCAGAGAGGCUAAGCGUACUGAGUUUGAUGGACAAGUAAACCCGCAAACGGGUGAAGUCGGUGGACCAAAGCGUGAACCUCUACGCUGGCAAUCUGAAUGGACAUACGGUGGUAGAGCGACUGAUUUUUAG